UCAAUGGGCGCGCACUUAUAUGUGCGCGCACCACUUCCAUCCUUUUGUUCCAUGAUAGCCCAUUUAAGUCGUUUCCUUAUCCUUCUCGUCCUCAUUUCAACCAUCCACCUUGUGAAUGGAUCGGAUACAGAAAAGCUAAUAGAGUUCAAGAAUUCCCUGGUCAAUGGCAAGAACCUAAUCACAUGGAAUGCCACGACGAGCCCAUGCAAUAAUAAUGUAGCAAAUUGGGAAGGCCUUCUCUGUACCAAUGGAACCGUUUGGGGCCUUGAACUCGAGGGAAAAGGGCUUAGAGGCAACAUUGACACGAAUAUCUUGAACGAAUUGUCAUCUUUGGUUAGCAUAAGCUUCAACAACAACAACCUGGAGGGUACCUUCCCUGAAUUUGGAAUGCUUGAUGGAAUAAGAGAGAUCACGUUGUCGAAUAAUAAGUUUCAUGGUGAAAUUUCAGCCAAUGCUUUCAAGGGACUGAAAUGGCUCAAAAAGCUAAAUCUGGCAAAUAAUGAACUCAUGGGUCAGAUUCCUAGAUCAUUGCCAAGAUUGCCUAAGCUACAAGAGUUGAUGCUCCAAGACAAUCAAUUUGAAGGUGAACUCCCACAAUUUGAUCAAGGUAAGCUAACAAUUGCCAAUUUCGCCAACAAUCAUUUGCGUGGACGUAUCCCCUUAGGGCUUCAACAAUUUCCUGCAAGCCAAUUUUCAGGCAACGAACUCUGUGGAACACCAUUGGGAGAAUGUCAAAGGGAUGGAGCUUCCACCGCCACAAUCAUCGUGACAGCACUGGCGGUAGCAAUAGCUGUUGCAGCAGUGAUUGUUGCAGUUAUAAUCCUAAUCCACCACCGAAACCAUGAAAUUCCUGCAGGAUUUCCAAACAACAGUUCAAUGGUUCUGGCAGAAUCAGCUAACCUUAGCACUCAGGAGAGAGGCGAAACAUCAACUCAAAGUGGCAAUCAGAAGAAUAUUUCCAUAAAACUGACUUUCUUGACAGAUGAUGAAGAAAGGUUUGACCUUACAGACUUGUUGAAGGCCUCAGCUGAGAUCCUUGGAAGUGGGAUGUUUGGAUCCACUUACAAGACUGCCCUCAUAAAUGGGAAAGUGAUGGUUGUAAAGAGGUUCAAGCAAAUGAAUAAUCUCGGGAAAGAUGAGUUCUACGUCCAUAUGAAAAAGUUAGGCAGAUUGAGACAUCCAAACAUCCAACCAAUCAUCGCUUUCUAUUAUCGAAAAGAUGAGAAGCUUUUGGUUUCAGAAUAUGUUGACAACAUCAGUUUGUCCUUUCAUCUCCAUGGCAACCAGUCUGAUGAAAAACGAAGCCCAGAUUGGCCUACACGGUUAAAGAUAGUAAAAGGAGUAGUGAAAGGACUUCAAGAUCUUUACAUUAACCUACCAAGCCUAAUUGUGCCUCAUGGUCACCUCAAGUCUUCUAAUGUCCUUCUCACCAAGGAUUACGAUCCACGCCUCACUGAUUAUGGGUUGGUUCCAGUAACUAAUCUGGAACACGCACGUGAUUUCAUGAUGGCCUACAAAUCACCAGAGUACCAGCAACUCGGGCGCAUCUCAAAGAAAACGGACAUAUGGUGUCUUGGAAUCUUGAUCCUUGAGAUAAUGACAGGAAAACUCCCACCUAACACUCUACACCAAAGCAAAGGGAAUGACAUUGAUCUUACAGAUUUCAUCAACUCUCUGGCUGAGCAGGAGUCCAGCAUUGACAUGCUUGAUAAAGAAAUGACAGGAUUUGAUAGGAGCAAUGAAGGGGAAAUGAUAAAACUGUUAAAAAUUGGUUUGAGUUGCUGCGAAAAAGACGUCAACAAGAGGAUGGAUAUUAAACAGGUGGUGGAGAUGAUUGAGGAACUGAAAGAAAAAGAUAGUUCAGAAGAUGACUUUCUGUCGACUUAUAGUAGUGAAUUAGACAAGUGAUUUUCAAGACAACACUCAGAUGACUACAACUAAAAACAACAGAUGACUGAUUCAACUCAUCACUUAAAAGAUGGAAACUGUUGGUUUGUGAGCAAUGCUUUCAUGAAUCCGAAGUGCGUUGCCCAUGAACUUGAAAUUCCACCAGCUUCUGAGAUGAUAGCGGAAGGUCAUUUAUCAUAUUUCGUUGCUAAAGGAACACCUAACGGGCUAUGGAAGAGUAUUGAUUUGGGGUAUCUCAAUCUCAAGAGCAGU